CGGGGCUUCCCCAGCUGGGCCAAUGAGAGCACGAGGCGCUGGGCGGUCCUUAGGCUCUAGAGGCCGGCACAUGGCGGACGCGGCACUGUUCGAGUUUCUGCACACCGAGAUGGUAGCAGAGCUGUGGGCGCACGACCCAGACCCCAGCCCCGGGGGACAGAAGAUGAGCCUGUCGGUCCUGGAGGGCAUGGGCUUCCGCGUGGGCCAGGCCCUGGGCGAGAGGUUGCCCCGGGAGACGCUGGCCUUCAGGGAGGAGCUGGAUGUCCUCAAGUUCCUGUGCAAAGACCUGUGGGUGGCCGUGUUCCAAAAGCAGAUAGACAGCCUCCGCACCAACCACCAGGGGACCUACGUGCUACAGGACAACAGCUUCCCCCUCCUUGUCCGGAUGGCCUCAGGCCUGCAGUACCUAGAGGAGGCACCUAAGUUCCUGGCCUUCACCUGCGGCCUCCUCCGUGGCACCCUCAGCACCCUGGGCAUCAAGAGCCUGGUGACCGCCUCCGUGGCAGCCCUGCCUGCCUGUAAGUUCCAGGUGGUGAUCCAGAAAGCCUGAGGAGCCCCAGGCCCCACACCCCGCUGAGCCUCACCCCACCCGGACCCCGGCCGAUGCCUGUGGUGAGGGCCAGAGGGCCGGUGCUGGGGAGAUGGGGGUCCCACCGCUUCAGGGCAUCACAGGUGCUGAACAAACGGGUGUUGCAGGGAGGUGGGGCAUCCCAAGGCAAGAGGGUCCCUGUCACAGUGGGGGCAGGUGUGGAGGGCUGCCCGCAUCAGACACGUCCCAAUAAAGAUUCUGUACGUGGAA